UGGCUGUCGCGGGCCAGUGGCCUCGGGUAAGUCCGGGGGCAGACGCUGCGCUGUCCCGCUGGCGCCAUGUCGUUCUGCAGCUUCUCCGGGGGCGAGAUUUUCCAGAAUCACUUUGAACCGGGUGUCUAUGUGUGCGCCAAGUGUGGCUACGAGCUCUUCUCCAGUCGCUCGAAGUACGCACACUCAUCCCCGUGGCCCGCCUUCACUGAGACCAUUCACGCCGAUAGCGUGGCCAAGCGUCCAGAGCACAACUCUCCUGAUGCCCUAAAGGUGUCCUGUGGCAGGUGUGGGAACGGGCUAGGCCAUGAGUUCCUGAAUGAUGGCCCCAAGCCGGGGCAGUCCCGCUUCUGAAUAUUUAGCAGCUCGCUGAAGUUCAUCCCGAAAGGCAAAGGAACUUCUGGCUCUCAGGAACCAUAGGCACACAGCACAUACCCAUUCCAGAGGGACACUGCCCUGUGGUCAUGCUCUGGCCAUCCCACCUUGGAAUUGGAACCCCAGACAUUCAGACAGGGGAGGGGGCUGGCUGAAGCCUCAGGAGGUCUUGGCCCUGUGCAGGUUGUCUUUAAGAAGAGCACUGGGUUGCCACGAUGGCCAUAGCCUGCUGCUGGGAUGGGCUGGAGGGCCCCGCUGUGGGCUCGCCUUAGCCUCCCACUUAUACGGGAGUCUCAGAGAGGUGGACUCUAAGCCUAGCUUGCCCUUGAAUGACGGCACACCCCACCUUCUCUUCUCCACAGCCCAUUGCCCUCUCCCUGCCUGUCUGGACUCACCUCCAUGGGACCCAAUUCUGAGAUGGGCUCUGGCUCUCACCAAAGCUUGCGUCCCUCUCCCCCAGGCCAUGUGGGGAGACAGAAUGCAGAGGGAGGUGGCCCUUGCCGGCUGCCCCAGCUCCGGUCACUACAUGAUUCACUCUGGUUAAACCCUUCCAGGCAGCCAGAGUGGUGAUGACCCGUGACCUGCUGGGGAGUGGGCCCAGGGGACGGGCCUUGGCCUCUCAGUUUUGAGAGAAGAAGUCCCCCACCCCGUUCUGCAUCCGGGUGGGUCCCCCUUGCCUCACUCCGUCUUAGGAAAGUGGCUGUUGCCCCAUUACUUUGAUUGUGCAAGGCUAGGGUCAGGAGCUCGGAGCCUGGAGCUCCUGCCUCCCCAAGAAGCCGCGGCUUCUUGCACACGCCCGGGAGGUCUGUGAUGCCAAAGGCUGUCCCAUCUGAGCUCCCCCCUGGGGCUGUCCGGGAUCAAUAAACAAAUGGACCCUG